CUUUCAGGCUCUUGGCUCUGUCUAUUUUGUACACAACUCUCUACGUAUGGUUCAGAUCUAUGACUUUAAAGACAGGAAUUUCAUCUCUCUGUCUGGACAGACCGUAUGUAUGGGCUCUCUUGAAGACUGCCAUAUUGUGCACAAGGAGAGAUUCCCACAGGACUUCUGGUCUGAAUUUCCCUGGACUCGCAAGGGAUUCAUGAGGACACGUUGGUUAGUCCACAACCGGAUGUUUGAUCUUGUGAACCUUCACCUGUUCCAUGAUGCUUCAAAUCUUGUCUCAUCUGACUGCUCUCCCUCUGUGUAUAGCUCCAACCGUAGGAGGGCCUUGACCCAUGUACUCACAAGGUUACAGGAUGGCUGCAAUGUACCAUUUUUCCUAUUUGGAGAUUUUAAUUUCCGUUUGGAUUUAAAAAGUCUAAUCCAGGUUCAGGGUUGGUCCCCAAGUUUCACUGGAGAGAUGGGCAAACAGACUGUAGUGUAUGAACAAGAUGGGGAGGUUCAGCUUCUCAUGAAGUGUAAAAGGUUUGAAUAUCAGAAUGUGAAGAUAUUUCAGGAUGAUGGUGAACAUAUGCUGCUGCGCUUUGACCAUGAGCCAGUCCCAUUUCUGAAUGAGUUGACUGAGGUCCAGAUCUCCUUCCCGCCCACUUACCCGUUCAGUGAAAAUUUUACAGAACCUGCAGAGUUCAUGGGCACACGAUGUCCAGCAUGGUGUGACCGUGUCUUGAUGUCUCACCCUGCCCGGGCUCUACUUCAAAAUGUUAGUGAUCUGUCUACUUUCUUCUCUGUUCUCCUCAGAACUCUUCCCCCUGCUCCUACUCACUCUCCUCUUCUCUGCAGGUUAAGGAGGGGGAAAACUGUGUUAAGUAUCAGCGGAUUGGAGGAGACGUCUGUAUGGGCGACCACAAGCCUGUUUAUCUCUACUUUCCAAUGGAGUCACCAUUAG